GUGGGUAGCGGGCUGGGUUUGCGGGUUUUGUUAUUGAUAAUUUUGUCUUCCGUUUUAGAGGAUAAAAGAUAUUUUAUUUUGAUUUGCUUUUUCAAAUAAGUACCAAAGACGGCUGUCCCAAUGAAGAUGAAACUGGUGGACCAGGUGGUCCGAAGUUUUCGGGUCGCUAAGGUCUUCCGAGAAAACACCGAUAAGAUAAACAGUAUCGACUUUUCGCCGAACGGAGAAACGCUCAUAUCAUGUAGCGAAGACGAUCAAAUCGUGAUUUACGAUUGCGAAAAAGGCACCCAAGUCCGCACUGUUAACAGUAAAAAAUAUGGUGUGGACUUAAUACAUUUCACACAUGCAAAAAAUACUGCUAUACAUAGUUCCACAAAAGUUGACGAUACCAUCCGAUAUUUGUCUUUACAUGACAACAAGUACAUAAGGUAUUUUCCUGGACACACCAAGAAAGUCGUGUCUCUUUGCUUGUCACCAGUUGAGGAUACGUUUCUCUCGGGUUCUCUGGACAAAACUCUACGAUUAUGGGAUCUGAGAUCACCCAAUUGUCAAGGCUUGAUGCAUCUCUCGGGCAGACCUGUUGCCGCUUAUGAUCCUGAGGGGCUUAUUUUCGCUGCUGGUGUUAACUCAGAAUGCAUAAAGCUUUAUGAUUUGAGGUCGUUUGACAAGGGCCCAUUUGUCACAUUUAAAUUGACCCAGGAAAAAGAAUGUGACUGGACCGGCCUAAAGUUCUCCCGAGACGGAAAAACUAUCCUAAUCAGCACCAACGGCUCCAUAAUAAGAUUAAUCGAUGCUUUCCAUGGAACUCCUUUGCAGACAUUUACAGGGCACCUCAACAACAAAGGUAUCCCCAUCGAAGCUUCGUUCAGUCCUGAUUCGCAGUUCAUAUUUAGUGGUUCCACGGAUGGACGGGUACAUGUAUGGAAUGCAGAUACAGGAUUCAAAGUGUGUGUUUUGAAUGCCGACCAUCCAGGUCCGGUACAGUGUGUUCAGUUUAAUCCGAAAUUUAUGAUGCUUGCUUCUGCUUGCACCAAUAUGGCCUUCUGGCUUCCCGCUAUGGAAGACACUUAAGUAAUAUUAAGGAGUUGUGUUUAAAUGAAAACACGAUCUGAAAAAAAAAAUUGGUAAAUUGCCAUCAAAGAGGACUUUUCAACCUCACCCAUUGCGACUUUGUAAAUAAUUUUUAAUAUUUUUUAUAUAUAUUUUUUAUGAGGAUUAAAUAACAUUGUGUAAGGAAUUGGAAACGUUUUAUUAAAGGUAAAGAGAGAAAAGUUUCUUACAGGCACCAGAUAUUGCAUAUGUAGAUAUACAUGGCGACCCAAAAUAACGUCUUUUUAUUCAAAAGCAAAAGCUGAUUUUGUAAUAAAAUUUAUACUGUGAACCUUUGGGUCACAAUGCACACGAAAAAAAAAAUUGUUCUGCUGUGUUGGGACAUGUCAGCACUAAAUAAAUGUGCCAGAAGAGACGGGGGGUGGGGGGUGUUGUGACGCAAUGCGAGGUGGUAUGUUAAUUUAAUGCAGCCCUGAAAUGUCAUUGCAUCCAUUUAUGUUGUCGCCCCUAUAGGUUUAGCAUGUAGUGAUUAAUUACCUCUAAGGGUUUUCAGUAUUUUUUGUAAUAAGUUUGUAAAUUUUUUUAAGGAACUUUAUGUGGUAAAUUCCAAUGCUGUCAUUGGUGUCUAGUUAAGUGGUUAUAAAAUACAGCGUAUUUUGUGAGGAAAGGGAAAAAUUUUGCUGAGUUUCCCUCAAAAUAGUUAAUUUGAUUGUCAUCAAAUCUAAAUUAUAACGACAUUUUUCACUGAAGUAGUUUUUUAAAUUAAGUAAAUUAUGGGUCUUUUUAUUAUUGAAAUCUGCUAAUAUAGUCUAUAAUAAUAUAGUAUAGUUUUAUAGAACUUUUCAAUUUUUCUCACGAAACAUGCUGUAUAUUUUUAGUUUAGUUAAAGACGCUGGAUAAAAGCAAAUCGCUAAAUAAAUAUACAUUUCUGGUAAAAAAAAAUUACAAAGCAAUAACUAUCCAUAUAUUCAAUGCGCUUCCCUGUAAAUUAAUAUCCCACUAAUUCUAUAAUUUUGUAAUUAGUUGUUAAAUCAUAUUCAUGUUUUCAAUAAAUUUUCUAUAG